ACAUGUCCAUCUGCACAAGACGAAGCUUUAUAAAGUGGUCCAGUGAUCUGCCGCAGCAGGAGGAUGAAAUAAAGGCACAGCAAGAGAAGGAAAUGAUAUCAGAAGGUGGAGCAGAUGAUGUUUCGAGGGAGGGCGCAGAGAUUCAGGAGGAGAGCAGGAAGUGCUCGCUCUCAUCUACCAGCGAGGAGAAGCAAGAUGGGCGGGAAGCAUCAGGUGGGCACAAAGUGGAGAAGAAAGUGGAAAUCUCCAAACCUAAGAGCUGGCAGCCCUCUUCUUACAAGUACAAAAAGAUGACAAAAAAGCCUUGUCGAAAUGGACCGUUCUACUUUUUUGAAGGAACCAAUGGGGCUGACAUAGUGAGCAGCUACUUUGACAGCAGAGGGUGGAUGAGGAUUUAUAGUGAACACAGAGAAGAUUUCAAACUCAAGUGGUGUGUGACCAAAUCUCCAGCUAAAUACAGAAGCUUUAGAGAAGGUAGACAUCUGAUGUACCAGAUUCCCAACAACAUGGUUCUCACCACUAAAAUCGGGCUCCUUAGAAGCCUGCGAGAGUUUGAGCAAGUGGGCCGCAAAGUCCAACAUGGACACAGGUGGCUGAAAAUGGAGGAGUUCAUUCCUUCAACGUACCGCAUGGAUAUGAAGAAGGAAAGGGAACUUUUCUUUUCCCACUUCACCCAACAGGAGGGUAAAACAGCGGUGGAGAGCUGUAUGUGGAUCUGUAAGCCCACCAAUGGGAGCCAGGGGAGAGGGAUCUUCCUUCUGAAGAACACGCAGGAUGUUGAUGAAUUCAGACUGAAGCUGGCCCAUGGAAGGAACUACAUUGCCCAACAUUAUAUUCAGAAGCCGCUUCUGCUAGACGGCAGGAAGUUUGAUGUGCGAUCUUACCUUCUCAUCGCCUGCACUGCCCCUUAUAUGGUCUUCUUUCGUCACGGUUAUGUCCGGCUGACGUGUGACGUCUACGAUCCAAUGUCCAAUAAUCUCUCUACUCACCUCACCAACCAGUAUGUUCAGAAGAAACACCCUCACUACAGCGAGCUGAAGGAGGACACUGUCUGGUCUAUGGAGAGCUUCAACACCUAUGUCAAUCUCCGGUUUCAGGUUGCCAAGGGUCUGCCCAGGGACUGGGUGCUGGGAGCCUUUGCGAGGCGCAUGCAGCAGAUCAUGACACAGUGUUUCUUUGCUGUCAAAGACAAGUUAGACUGCCGCCCUGGAUUUUUUGACCUGAUCGGCUGCGACUUCCUAGUCGACGAGUCCUUUAAGGUGUGGCUGCUAGAGAUGACCUGCAAUCCAGCACUUAAUGCAGACUGUGAGGUGCUGAAGGAGGUGAUACCUCGCACAGUUUCAGAGACGCUGGAUUUAACUCUGGAGUUGUUCAGCAAGUGUCGUCUGAGAAAGAAAAUCCUUCCCUUAGCCAGUCAGAAGGACUUCGUAAUGCUGUAUAGUGGUGCCUCAGAUCAUGCCUGCAGCAAAACAAGCAACGGCAUCAAGUUAGACAAAAAGAAAAUUAAAAGAAACCACACAACACAGCCUAAAAGAGAGUCAAAGGUAGAGGGGAAGAAGGGGGCAGACAAUCCUUUGCCCAAAGUCACAUCCUCUCUUUAAAACCCAACAUCUCCACCUAAAUGCUCAAAGUUUCUCAGGGGUAGAACCAUGCAACCGCAAGAUAAAGUCAGACUGAGCGGCUACAUUUCAAUGGGGGAUCAUUUAAAGGCCACAAACAAUCAGAAGCAGCCAAAGUCUGAGCAGAAGAGAAGGAUUGCCACGCUUCUGUCCUGACUGCAGGUCUCUUGAUGAAAACUCAAACAGGACGCGGUCAGAGUAGCAUGCAAGGGAAAGAGGAACAGUGAUACAUGGAAACAAAUGUGAUCAUUGUCUGAGGAGAGCAGGUGGAAAAGAUUUGUGAGAAUAAAACCCCUUGUUUUCUGCAGCGUUUCCUACUCUUUGUAUUUUUUUGGACAGUAAAACGUGUAUGAAAAAUUUUGAUAGUUAAAUAAAACUAUUAAAUCUAGUUUCUUUUCUUACAAGUUGCAGUUUAAACAUCAUAUAAGCCCUUGAAAGGCUUUUUAUACAUUCACCAGUGAGACAGCGGUCACAUGUCAUUAGAUAUUAGAAAUAA